UAUACAUACACACAAAUUUCUUCUUUUCCAUCUUUGUCCCUCCUCCACCCUUUCCUCCUCCCACAGCCGCCGUACCUCCGCCGCCCCUCCGGCAGGAAUGGUGAAGUUCUCGAAGGAGCUGGAGGCGCAGCUAAUCCCUGAAUGGAAAGACGCGUUUGUGAACUACUGGCAACUCAAAAAAAACGUCAAAAAAAUCAAGUUGGCAAGAAAACCGAAACACGUCCCGGACUCGAACUGCGGAUUCUUCGGACGACCUGUUAUCGACCCGGUUCGAAUACUCGUCGGUAAAGUAUCCGAAUGGGCUAAUAACGGCAGAGAUAAACCAGAAAUCAUUCAGGUUAAGAGCAAAAUUAGUGGUGGUGAAGAAGAAGAUGGAGAAGAUGAAUUUCAACUCUAUGAAACUGAGCUUGUUCAGCUUUUCUCUGAAGAGGAUGAGGUUAGGGUUUUCUUUGAAAAAUUGGAUGAUGAGCUGAACAAAGUGAACCGAUUUUUCAAGACGAAGGAGGAUGAAUUCGUUGAAAGAGGAGAAUUGCUGAAUAAGCAGCUGCAGAUUUUGGUGGAUCUCAAGGGGGUAUUAAGUGAUCGCCGCCGUAAAAAUCUAGCUGGCAAGGGUGGCGCCGCCGCCUCUGGAUUUGUCUCUAGGUCCGAUUCGGAUUUUUCCGAAGAUUGCCGGAGUGAGCAUUGUGAAAGCCCAAGCGAUUCACAGACAGAUGACGCCGUUAGUGUGGAGAAGAGAGGCGUUAAUUCCGUCAAUUCGCCGCGGCGGUCGAAAUCGAGGAAGGGGAAGCCGAAUACGGCGGCGGCCAUGAGAAUAGAUAUUCCGGCGACGACGCCGGCGCGGACAAUUGCCGCCGUCACAUCAAUGCUGUGGGAGGAUUUGGUGAAUAACCCUAAGAAAGGAGGAGGUGGAGAUGACGUCAACAGAAAGAAGAUUCAGUGCGCCGAGAAGAUGAUCAGAGGGGCAUUUGUGGAACUCUACAGAGGUUUAGGCUUGCUCAAAACAUACAGUUCACUGAAUAUGAUUGCAUUCACAAAGAUAUUAAAGAAAUUCGACAAGGUAUCGAAUCAGCAGGCGUCGGCAAGUUACCUCAAUGUAGUGAAAAGAUCAGAUUUCAUUAGUUCAAAUAAGGUGGUCAAACUAAUGGACGAAGUGGAGACUUUAUUCACGCAACACUUUGCAAACAAUGAAAGAAAGAAAGCAAUGAAGUUCUUGAGACCCACACACCAUAAAGAAUCUCACAUGGUUACAUUUUUUGUUGGUAUAUCCACAGGCAGUUUUGUUACAUUGUUCAUCCUUUACGCAAUAUUGGCACAUCUGAGCCGUAUGUUCUCUCCAGCAACAAAACAAGCUUAUAUGGAAACUAUCUACCCUGUUUUCAGUAUUUUUGCAUUGCUAAGCUUGCACUUGUUUAUGUACGGGUGCAACCUCUUCAUGUGGAAGAGCACAAGGAUCAACUACAACUUCAUAUUCGAAUUUCAACCAAGCAAUGCGCUCAAGUAUAGAGACGCUUUCCUAAUUUGCACCUCUUUGAUGACAGCUGUCUUCGGGGCUAUGGUCAUCCACCUAAUCUUACUCUCCAAGGGCAUCUUCUCUCGUCAAGUCGACUUCAUUCCCGGGAUUUUGCUUUUGUGUUCGGUUCUAAUUCUGAUAUGCCCGUUGAACAUCUUCUAUCGGCCAACACGGUACUGCUUUCUUAGAGUCAUACGAAACAUUGUUUGCUCUCCAUUUUACAAGGUUUUGAUGGUUGACUUCUUCAUGGCUGAUCAACUGACAAGUCAGAUUCCAUUACUAAGGCACAUGGAAUCAAUAGCUUGCUAUUUUAUCUCCGGAAGUUUCAAAACACACCGUUAUCAAACUUGCAAGUCCGGGAAGCUCUACGGGGAACUUGCUUAUGUCAUCUCCUUCGCGCCCUAUUUCUGGCGUGCAAUGCAGUGCGCGAGAAGAUGGUUUGAUGAAGGUAACCCGGACCACCUUGCUAACCUUGGUAAGUACGUCUCGGCUAUGGUGGCAGCUGGGGCUAGGCUAACGUACACCAGACAACCGUCACAGCUGUGGAUGGUUAUAGUUAUAGUGACAUCACUAGUGGCGACAGUUUAUCAGCUGUACUGGGACUUCGUUAAAGAUUGGGGUUUUUUUGACCGAAAAUCGAAAAAUCUUUUUCUCAGAGAUGAUCUUGUGCUGAAGAAUAAAGGCAUUUAUUAUGUAUCCAUUGCUUUGAAUUUUGUACUAAGACUAGUAUGGGUGGAGACUGUGAUUGGAUUAAAUAUCGGGAUGUUGAAGACAAGGAUGCUCGAGUUUUUCCUGGCUUCUUUGGAGGUCAUUCGGCGUGGACAUUGGAACUACUACAGAUUGGAAAAUGAGCAUCUGAACAAUGUUGGCAAGUUCAGAGCCGUGAAGACAGUUCCGUUACCAUUCAGGGAGAUGGACUCUGAUUGACGAAAUAUUAAACGGCACUUGUUUUGUACAAUCGGAAAUUUCUAACAGAAAUUUGAUUGUGUGAAUAUAAUAUCGGCAUGAGAAAUAUAUGUCUUUGUAUUACAGUUGAUAAGAAAUCAAAUUCAUUUAACAUGACGAGAUUUUUUCUUGUUGGCAUUGUACAUAGUAUUUGACAUUCCUAUAUUGAAACAUCAACUUUGUUUCAAUUCUCUCUUCUUCUUUCUCUCUCAAUAAAUAUUUUAGGACUGGGCAUUCA